AGGUGUAUUAUACGACAUCUACCGACACCCCUUGGCAGUCUUGCCGCGGAUAAAACCUCAUUUCUACACAUUUUCCCCGCAGCGCGUCAGGCCUCAGGUCUACCCGACUCUGGUAGCAUGAUAUAAUCUAAUCUACCCUGCUUUGUACUCUCCUAUUAUCUAGCCGGACCCCAGGUUGCACGCUCCCGUCAUAAAACACCCCUAGCCGGUUGAGAUGGGUGUGACUCUGUCUAAUGGUGUACAUCCGCUGCAAGCUGCUCGCUUAGCAGGAGUAUAUUAUUACUUCACAGGUGUUGGUGCAGGUAGGUUGAAUAUAGGCAGCAGGUAGCUAUCGAACGAGGGAAUAGAGACCCGUUCCCGGACCAGACUCAUGCAGGACUCCUGAGCUCACCGUAGAAGCUGGUAAGAAGAGCUGGACAGUUAAAGCAAUCGAGUAGGUUGCCCUUCCCGGAAGAAAUACAAAGACAACCAGAAACAUGGGGGACCAGGAGGACGACGGCUACUCCAUCCAGGCCGAGGCCUCGCGCAUCUUUCACGACGUCCUCCUCACCGACCCGCGACUGAAUAUCCCCCCGGCUGUUGUCGCCGCCGCUGCGCGCACACGCUUCGACGCUUCUGCCGCACGCCGGCCCUUCCUCCCGGCGCCCGUCAAGUGCAGCGAGUCGAGCACCGCGCUGUGGGCGCUCCUCGCCACCUUCGGGAACGCCAUCGCCGCAGAGAGGUUCCCGGGAGUCGCCGAUGGCCAGGAGGUCGUCAUCAACAGCGACGUCGCGUCGCUCUUCCUCUUCUCCUUCCUGCUGCUGCGCGUCGGCAGCCGCCCCAUCUCGGACCCGGAGCUCGCACGCCGCUACGCCGUCAACGACACCACCAACCAGAUGGUCCCCUGGCGCCGCCUCGUCACCAACGUCUACCCGACCCGCGACGGCCGCUGGUUCCACCUCCACGGCGGGCUCGACUCCUCGCCCUGCCUGCGCAUGCUCGGCCUGCCGACCCACCGCGACGAUGUCGUCGACGAGAUGGUCGCCAUCGACGCCCUCUCCGCGCGCGUCCGCCAGUUCGACGCCGACUGGCUCGACGUCGAGGCCAACGAGCACUGGCGCCAGGCUGGCGGCAUCUGCCUCACGCCCGAGGAGUACCGGGCGAGCCCGCAGGGCCGGGCGGUCGCCGACGACCCGCUGUACCUGCUCGAGGAGUUCCCGGACGCGGGGCUGCCGCCGGUGCCGUGGCCGGCGGUCGACCCGGCGACGACGGCGUACCGGCCGCUCGAGGGCGUCAAGCUCGUCGACCUGACGCGCGCGAUCGCGGGGCCGACGAUCGCGAAGCUGGCGGCGCUCUUCGGCGCGACGGUGGUGCGCGUGUCCAACACGGCGCUGCCGGACCUCGGCGUGGUGCUGUUCGAGAGCAACCUAGGCAAGCGGGACGCGCACGCAGACCUCAAGACGGAGGCGGGGCGCGCGGCGCUGCGGCGCCUCGUCGAGGGCGCCGACGUCGUGCUCGACGGGUACCGACCGGGGGUGCUCGAGAGGCUCGGGUUCGGGCCGGCGUGGGUGCACGAAGUCGCGCGGCGGCGGGGGCGGGGCAUCGUGUACGCGCGCGAGAACUGCUACGGGUGGAAGGGCCCGUGGCGGCACCGCAGCGGGUGGCAGCAGAUCAGUGACGCGAUGACGGGGAUCGCGUGGCUGUUCUCGCGGAUGUGGGCCGACCCGGCGCCGGAGCCGGUGAUGCCGUUCUUGCCCAACUCGGACUUCCAGACCGGCAUCGUCGGCUGCGUCGCCAUCAUGCACGCGCUCGACGCGCGCGCCCGCCGCGGCGGCAACUACCUCGUCUCCGCGUCGCUGAACCAGCUCAACGGCUUCCUCAUCGCGCUCGGCGCCCAGAGCCCCGCCGUCCAGCGCGACCUGCGCGAGCGCUGGCCCGCCAUGCGCUCGCGCCACUACGACGACCUGCACCGCCAGAUGCGCGUGCUGUCGAGAGACCUGCCCAAGGUGGCGCCGCAGGUGCUGCGGCCCUCGUACUUCGCGAGCGCGAAGGCGGACCUGGGCGUGCCGGACGAGGAGAUGGUCUUCGUCGGGCCGGCGGCGACGUACGAGAAGACGAAGCUGGGCUACGACGUGGGCAGCUGCCUGCGGGGCACGCACGAGGCGAGGUGGCCGGGCGAAGAGUAGGCGGGGGGCGUCGAGGCAGGCGUCUGUUCUUGGGUUAGGUACCUAGUUAUCGGCCGCCUCUAGUCAGCGCUGCGUGUUUGUAGAUGUAGAUGUAGGGUUGAGGUGUAGGCGUCUACAGGGUGUCGUCGAUGAUUUCUGUCAACGCCUGUCGCAAAAGACCGUACACUCGCUAUAUGCAUGCAAGGAAUGGACGUACCUAAUAUCGUCAUAGCCAGGUUUAUGCAUCUACCUAGUUUUCUCGCAGGGAGGCACUUAGGUAAUUCUUCUAAUGGCGACGCGUCGAUAGGGUGUCCUUUCAAUUCUAC